ACGUUUUUCUUCGAAAUGAGAAGUUGUCAAUGAGUAAUAGAAGAAUAUGUUGUACCCAGACUCCCCAUUUACUGAAAAACUUGAUACAAAGUUGGUGUACGAAAUAGAAAAUGAUUCAUCACAUUCGUCAUCUGUUGAUUUGGAUUCAAAAUUUAAGGAAACUUUCAAAUGGCUCUGCACAAUUCCAAAAAUGUCUUCCUUUCGAGUAAACAAGCUGAAAUCUUCGAAAGAAACAAUUUUAGAAUCCCUUAAGCUGCAUUUGAUUUCGGUCCCAAAGAAAUCAAACAUCUGUUGCAAUAUUUCAGAUGAAUUAGAUGAUACUCUGAUUAUCCAUUUCACAUCAAAUAAACUGUCAAAUAGUUAUGUUAAGGAAGUAAUAAUCGAUACUGACUGUGGGGCAGCAGUCCUUAGAGGUGCUCAUAUUUUUGCACCCGGUGUAUUGGGAAUGAUGAGCAAUUGUCAAAAGGGUGACCUAGUAAGCAUUCAUAUAGAUCUCAUGAAAACAUGUAAAAAAGGAUUACAGAAAGAAUUUACUGGAUUGAAAUUGCACAUAGGGAAUGGGGUUGUACAAAUGCCAAGAUCACAACUUUAUGGAGCAGAUUUGAAUCCAAGAGGAAUUGCUGUGGAGGUAUCAGAAACCAUAUCUGGAUGUCCGCAAAUAUCUGAUGACCUUUUUCCUCCAGGAACUGUACUUCUUCAAAAUUUACCUUCUGUUAUAUGUGUCCAUACCCUUGAUCCUCAGCCAAAUGAAGUUAUCUUGGACAUGUGUGCAGCACCAGGUCACAAAACUACCCAUAUUGCAGCACUCAUGAAAAAUCAGGGAACACUAAUAGCUAUUGAUAAAACACCAGGCAAAAUAAAAAAUCUUGAAAGACAUUGCUCAGUUUUCGAUGCGAAAGUUCAAAUCUUCCUAGCUGAUUCCACAAAAAUAUUCUGUUCCACAUCACUGAAUAGAUAUUCAGAAGGUCCGCCUUUUGCAGCAGAGUCUUUUGAUAGAAUAUUACUGGAUGCCCCAUGCAGUGCUCUUGGAAAACGACCACAGUUCAGAAAUAAUAUCACCAAUAAAGUGCUGAAGUCAUAUGUGGCUUUACAGAAAAAAUUAUUUUCCACAGCGGUAAACCUCCUGAAACUGAACGGUGUUUUGGUUUACAGUACUUGUACAAUAACACUGGGCGAAAAUGAGGGCAUUGUAGCUUGGGCACUGAAUAAAUUUGAUUUGGAGUUGGUAAAAUCGAAAGCUCAUCUUGGUUCUCCAGGAUUACAAGGAAGUUCUUUGAAGGCGGAAGAACUGCAUUUGAUCCAAAGAUUUGGACCUGAUACGGGAAUUGACUCCAUAGGGUUUUUUAUUGCUUGUUUUAGAAAGAAACGAUGAUUAGGAGUAAGCAUGUAUAAAUUUCAAUAAAAAAUCCAAAUAUUUUC